AUGCUCCUUCGAUUACAGAAGUACAAUCUUCAUGUUAAGUACCUUCCUGGAUCACAGAUGUACAUUGCUGAUAUGCUAAGUAGAGCUUACCUCCCAGCUGACCACAGCCAACAUGAAAACAUCCCAGAGUAUCAGAUCUUUCAGCUCAGCCAGGAGCAAUUGUCGUUUCAAGAGAUUGCCAACAUCAAUCAAGUUGAUUACAUGCGUUUAUCAGAAGGCACCCAUCAGCAGAUCAAACAAUGCACAAUCACAGAUGCCACAUUGCAAAGUCUCAUGAACAUGAUUAUGACAGGUUUGCCGCUUGCUAAAGAGGAAAUUCCAGUUUGUAUCCGCGAGUAUUGGAACUACAAAGAAGAGUUAACAGUUCAAGACGGAGUCUUGUACAAAGGAAUGAAAGUGAUUGUUCCUGCUUCUACGAGACCUCAAAUGAUUGCAAGAGCUCAUUCCAGUCACCUUGGGCCUGAUGCCUGUGUACGUCGAGCAAGUGAUGUGUUAUUCUGGUCAAGCAUGGCAGACCAAAUCAAAGAUCAAGUGCAGAAUUGUGAAGUUUGUAACGAAUUCUUAGCUAGACAACAAAAAGAACCGUUGAUGACCCACAAAAUUCCUGAAACCCCUUGGUCAAAGGUUGGACAAGAUCUCUUUACCCUUGGGGAUGAGAACUAUUUAGUGACUGUUGACUACUUCAGCGAUUACUUUGAGCUUGAUCUCCUAUCAGAUACUACUGCAGAAUCAGUGGUAAAUGCAACCAAACGCCACUUUUCACGUCACGGCAUUGCUGACAUGGUUACAGAUAAUGGGCCGCAGUAUUCCAGUGCACAUUUUGCCAAGUUUACUCGUGAAUGGGAAUCUCAGCACACUACAAGUUCACCAUUGCAUAGCCAAAGCAAUGGAAAAGCCGAAUCUUCUGUCAAAAUUGCAGGGAAUCUAGUAAAGAAGGCAAAGCGAGGUAACAAAGACCUCCAGAUGUCCUUGCUCGAGUGGCGCAACACACCUGACAGUAAUGGACUGAUCCCAGUCCAAAAUUUGAUGUCUCGAAGGACUAGGACAACCAUUCCAACAAAUGUAGCAUUGCUGAAGCCAGAGGUCGUAGAUGGAGUGUAUGACAACAUUAAAAGAAAAAGAUGCAGGCCAAAGCAGCAUAUGACAAACAUGCCAAACCAUUGCCCGAGCUCCAAGUAG